AAGCCUUGUGUGGGAGGGAAGAGCAGGAAGAUGUUUCUCCAGGGCAUUGGGGAGCUGCAGCCUGGGUAUAUUGGAGGCUCCCUCCCCUCCAGCACGUCCUCUUCUCUUCCUCAGAGCUAACCUGCAGACAGCUCUUCUUUGACAUAGGAAACUUGACUGGAUAGACAUUUUCAAUCAUGGAGCUUGUAGGCUCUACCUUGACGGCAACAUAUGCCCAUCCAAGACCAACGCCCUCAAAUUUUCUGCCGGCCAUCAGCACCAUGGCAUCGAGCUAUAAGAACAGAUUCCCUCACUAUGCCCUGACCCACAGCUUGAGCCUUCCUUGGAGACCUAGUGCCUAUUACAAAGUCGCUGCUAUCACUCCAACUUUGGCCCCCUUCUCCAAGAGUUCUCAAGGGCUCACGCCAUGCAACAUGCUCCCCUAUGUUUCCAACAGAACAGCACUCUUCACUAGGUACACUCCCGAAGACUGGUAUAGAUCUAACCUGACAAAUUUCAAGGAAUCAGAGGCAUCACGGCACAAUGCCGAGAGGUUGAGGGUGGACACUUCCCGGAUGAUUCAAGACAAGGACCAGCAGAUAAGGAAAACCCAAACAGAAUCAACAAGAAAUCUGGGAGAACGAGUCAAUGACAUCAUAUUUUGGAAAUCAGAGCUCAACCACGAGAUUGAUGGAAUGAUUGGGGAGACAAACGCUCUUUCAGAUAUGAAGAAACGACUUGAAAGAGCCAUAUUAGAAACAGAAGGGCAACUCCAGGUAGCCCAGGAAUGUCUGCUUCACCGAGAGAAGAGGAUGGGCAUUGACCUCGUUCAUGAUGAUGUGGAAAAACAACUAAUGACAGAGGUCGACGUCAUCCUAUCAUGCCAAGAGAGACUGAGAAGAUACCUGGGUAAGACAGCGGCCCAACUUGCAGCCAAUAGGGCAGCCCAGCAUGAAAUGGAGAAAGACCUGAGUGACAAGCAAGCAGCUCAACGAAUCGAUGACAAGUGCCACCAUCUCAGGAACACAUCUGAUGGCAUUUCCUUUUAUCGAGGCGUCGAGCGAGUUGAUGCCACGAUUUCUGUGCCAGAAUCCUGGGCCAAGUUUACUGAUGAUAACAUUAUGCGCUCCCAGAGCGAGCGGGCUGCCUCCGGCAAACUCAGGGAUGAUAUUGAAACGCUGCUCGUGACGACUGCCAAUGAGAUGUGGAACCAAUUUAACAGAGCUAAUGUCGCCUUUACCAACCGCAUCUCUGAAACGGCUGAUGCCAAAAACAAGAUCCAGGCCCAUCUGGCUAAGACUCUACAAGAAAUCUUUGAGACAGAGAUGACUAUAGAAGCACUUCGUAAGGCCAUCAAGGACAAAGGGUGUUCCUUGAAGGUUGCCCAAACACGUCUGGAUGAGCGCUUACGUAGACCCAACAUAGAACUCUGCCGGGACUCUGCCCAAUUACGCCUUGUGAACGAAGUGUAUGAAAUUGAUGACACCAUCCAGGACCUUCAGCAGAGGCUAAGAGAUGCAGAAGAUACGCUCCAGGCACUGGUUCACACCAAAGCCAAUCUAGAACAUGACCUAGCUGUCAAAGCAAAUACGCUCUUCAUUGACCAGGAGAAAUGCAUGGGGAUGAGGAAGACCUUCCCCAACACACUGAGGCUGGUGGGAUAUACAUAGGCUGGAGCUAACCCUCAAGACAUUGUGUGGGGGGUUGGGAAAUUAUUAAAGAAGUAUGUCUAGGGGAGGUUUGCUCUGUUGCACUUUUAUGAAAUUUUGAGGUGUUUAUUUUUGAAGAUAUGACUAUAUUUUCAUUUAUUAAAGCAUGCUCUGCACAUGAAUCUAGCUAUC